UUACAUAUGCACAUAUCUACUAUAUCUACAGACGUUUCUAUAUACUUGCUUACGUAUGUACGUCAGAUAUAUAUAUACAUGUAUGUACCAAUUUACAGCUGCGCCGAAAAAAAUAGCACCAGGGGACUAAUGUUUCUAUAUUGACGGAUUUAGCUUAAACAAUGGUUCUAAUGAACGUUGUUAAGACUAAUAUGUAAACUUUAAGGUAUAAUUUAUCGUAUCCCAGAGCACUGGUAUAAUUUGCAAACUCCAAAUGAAAAUAUUUGAAAAGAGAAGAAUUUUAUCAGAAAUUUUGGCACCAACAAAAAUAGCACCAAUUUAAAAAGAAAUCAAAAAACUAUAAAAUACAAGGAAACUUUCAAAAUUUUUUUGUAAAAUAUGGUUCUUUAGUUGUAUUUAAAGGUUGGCGUUUUGUUGUAAAGCCUUUGGCAGCAACAACAGCAGCUCAACAUAUUGGCAUUAAAGCUCACCUAAUUUUCGCAUCUUUUCCUUGGGAUAUUGAUCCACGAAUCAUGCAGGAUACCCCAAAGAUCUUUAUUGCUCUUUGGUUCCGCACUAGCAACAUAUUUUUUAAUCUGACCCAAAAUAUUAGCAAUGGGGCUCAAGUCUGGAGACUGAACAGGCCAAUCCAUUGCACUAAGAGAAUUGUGCUCGAACCACUUUCGAGCUCUCUUUCUAGAUCGUUUUGCGUCAUUUUCCUGCUGGAAAAUAUUGACAUAGACAAGUUGAUCCAUAAUGGGGUUGUGCCAUGUAUUGGGUCACCUGCCUAGUACGAAAAUCAUGCCCAUACGAUUUUUCUUGCUUUUCUAUGUCAAAUUAAUUUACAUGUGAGUCAGGGGGUUGUAUUCUGCAUUCGGUAGUCGUUUCACACAAGAACAAGACCCUUUUACACCAAAAAAUAAAUUUUGCCUUUAGUCGGACCACAGGAUGUUUCUCCAUUUUCUUUGGCCCAAAUUUAGAGCUCUUUUGCAUACCAAAAUUUUUUUGCCCUAUGCCUUCCCGUGAGAAGUGGAAUUUUCCUCGGACUACGAGUACCAAUUUUACAUUCUUGUAAACAAGAUCUAACUUUCCUGGUACUUGCCGAUUUUGUAAGAUCCUUGCUUUAGCUCUGUGGCCGACUUAAAUGGGUCCACCUUGCUCUCACGAACCAGUAGUUUUACCAGAAAUGGGAAUAUCGCGGCCUUUCUUCCACGUGUUUCUUGUUGGAAACAUAUUUCAAAGCAUUGCUAAUCAUUUCUUUUGAACAACCGACAAUUUGCCCCACCUUAGCACAGGUCCUGCCUUCUGAAAUGAAAGUUAUGAUCCUUUGGCUUUUUUCUUCACUUUAGUGCUUUCCAAGACCCAUAACUACUUAAAUUUUGUAACUUUCUUGUCACAAUCACCUAAAGCCACCGAUUUUUAAUUCAGUCAAGAACUUAAAAUAUCAAGAAGCUCAGAAAAGUAUAAGCUUUUACAUAAAACAGUUACUGGUGCUAUUUUUGUUGGUGCUCCAUUUCGCUCCUCUUUCGCAAAAUUGCCUAAUGUGAUAAGAACCGUUAGAAUUGAGAGAGUAAGUACACUUCUCUCAGAGAAGAGACACAUAAAGCUACAUGAUAUUAUAGUAAAGUCCAGUAAAUGUUGGACAGUAGUCUUGUUUUGAAGGAAUAAAGACGGUCGUCCCUACUGGUGCUAUUUUUUUCGGCGCCACUGUAUAUAGGGUGGGCGUGUGACGACCCGACCCGACCCGACCCCGUCCUGCUUAUCCCACAACCAUUGUUCCGGCUAUUGAAAAAAACCCGAAUUGAUGGGAUAAAUAAUUGAUUGACCCUUAAAUUCUCCGUAUUCAGAUACGGGGGCGUGGCCAGGAAAAAAAACACAGCUGUUGCGAUUGUAAAUCCAUUUACUUAUCCAAAAAAAAAACAAGUACCAUUUCCAAAAAGAAGAGACGAAAAGUCUGCAAAGAACAAGGAAAACCAGUUUUGAGCCAAGUUUAUCAAAGUUAACAUAUGAAUACAAGUGUAAACCAUCGAAAAAAGUUAUUAAUAUUAAGAUUAAACAAUAGUUUAAUGUAAAUAAGGAAAGUAAUUGAGUGCCAUCUUUGAAACAAUUUUGUGUAAGUUCCUUAGAUUUUAAUUCAUCUUUAAGCGAGGUAACAAGCAAGGUAACAAGAUAAUAUCUAAGAUUAAAGAUCCACCAUUGAGGAUAAGUUCAUUGAAAGCAGGAAAUGAGCGGCGAUGUUGAGGGGAUUGUGGUGCGACUUUUGGCCAGCCUGGUGCUCCACGGUGAUGCCACGUUCAUGGUACCCCGAAUGGGUCCGGUAUCGAGAGAUUCUGGGAACGGAAACGGAUAUCGCCGAGUGUCGUAAACCAAUCGACGGAGUCGCCAUCGCUUCUGUCUGGUGGUGUACAUCCUGGCCAAGAUUCACCGGCAGCAGGUGAACGGCGGCCCCGUUCGGGGGCUCUACUACUGCGAUCCCCAGCUGAUACGGACGCAGCGGCACAUUGCCGCAGCCAGACUGGACGUCUGUCAUAUGCUGAACACGUCGCCUACUCGCUUGGGGGUGCUCUCCGCCUCCAAGUGUCUAAUGGCAGGCGACAUACGUAUGCUCAUGACCAACGGAGAUGUCUUGGACUGCAGCGUAUAUAGCGGGGCUACCACAGACACCGAGAAGGUGGAACGCAUUGUCACCCAGGCGGACUUUGCGCUGGUCGUCGAAAAGGAGUCUGUCUUCGAGAGCCUGCUGGCACGCGAUCUGUUCGGCACCUUCGGUCGCCGCUGCAUCCUGGUGACCGGCAAGGGCUACCCGGACUGCAGCACGCGGCGCAUCGUUCACCGGCUAUCCACAGAGUGCCACUUGCCGGCCUACAUACUCGUCGACGCCGAUCAGUUCGGCAUUGAGAUAAUGCUCGUCUAUCGCCUCGGGUCGCAGUCCAUGAGCUUCACAUCGGGAGACCUCGCCACGCCUACGCUACGGUGGAUUGGCCUCCACCCCUCCGAGAUAACGGCCCUAUCCAGCGGUGCGGCUGCCCUUGGCAGUGGGGAUAACAAGAAAAUCGAUGACAUACUCGCCCGCGACUACAUUGGCCCUGGAGUGCGACAGGAGCUGCGUUCGCUGCAGCAGAUUCAGCAGAAGGCCGAAAUCGAGAGUGUCAUUGACUACCUGUCCACCGACUACAUUCCGAACAAAAUAAAUCGGAAUUUAUUUCUAUAGACUCCUCGAGAGACCUCUCUGGAAAACUCAAAAUCCAAAAUGAACAGUGUUUCAGUAAAAUGCAUUGAAAAUGUAUACCAAUAUUCUUUAAAAUUGUUAGAGGUCUGAAAGGCAAUGAAUAACUACAUUCAAACCAUACGAUUAUGAAUAUUGUUAUUAAUUUCUUCAUAUAUCUAUGACUUCAAUUACUGAACUUGUAGCUGUAUGUACUACUGAUUUAUUAGUUCAAUUCAAUAUUAAUUUUUGUAAAAACAAAUCUGGCUGACUUCCAAAGCAUAAAUUCAAAAUUGGCACAAACUUAAACGAAAACUCAAUGGUAACUCUGUAAAUAUCAAUAACCAACAGAAAUUUCCAAUACUUAGUAAAUGAAUAAUUCAUUUUCAAUAACAAAAACACUGUAAAAUAGUUUUAAAGAGUAAUUUCUUUAUAAAGAUA